GAAUAAGUACGUUGAAAUCAUGAACGCUUUGUGUGUUAUUGCCUUAGUUGCUGUUGCUGACUAUGCAUAUGCGACUGUUUGCACGAAGGACAGCAACUGUGCAAGCAACCAGUGUUGUUAUAUCGAGCCAGAGGUUUUCAUAGUCAGCAAGAAGCGCCUAUUGUUUCCGACAACAUCAAGAUUUGGCUUGGGCGUAUGUGAGGACUACAAGUCCGAAGGUAUGGCCUGCUCUCCCCUUGAGAAGAUGAACAACAGAUGCAGCUGCGGACCGGGCAUGUCCUGUGAGUUUGUUUGGCUUUCUACAACCGUGCCCACCCGUCUUAUUCCUAGGACGCUCUACUACCCGGGCCCCGGCUCUUACGAAUGCGUUAAACAUACAUAAUGGUUGACACAACUACUUUCAAAGGUGUUUGAUUGAAUUUAAUUUUGUUCAAGCCUUCAACUCCGCAAUAAAAUACAACUGACAAUUU